GUGCGGCGCUGUUCGGCCGAAUGUGGAAGGAACAGUUCGCGCGUGCAGGGCCUGGCGACGCUGCAGCUGAGCCACAGGGUCGCUCUGUGAAGUACCGCCAGAUUGAAUGCACGGAGGACAAGCAAAAGAUCGACUUGGCGCUCAAGCUGGGUGUGAUUGCCAAUCAUGAGGCCAGGCUGCUGGCCGCAGCGUGCACGGUAGAGAUCGAGAUGCUAGUGGAGGCUCCCAUCAUGAGGGCCAUGGCCAAGGCCCAUGCCGAGGAGUACCUGCCGCGGGUCAAGGGGAAGGCUGGACAUGGGUUGGGGGCGCCAGACUCCUUCCUGUUGACGGCUGCGAUCAUCACCAUGUUGGAGACUUGCGAGGAAGGGUUCAAGGCUCCGCUGAAGGGGUACCUGGACAAGUUCAAGCCAGGGUCGAAGGAGGCACAGCACAUCGUGGGCCUCUUCCGCACCGAGAAAAUGUACGACAGCAAGAAGAAGCGGCUCAUCAUCGGAAUGAAGGAUGAGAAGUUUGAGAAGAUCCUCGUGAGCGCCAUCGAGUCGGUGGAGAAGCGUGCGGCAUUCUCUGGGCCGAGGCCGCCCGGGCACUUGGAGCUGGAGGGCCAGAAGGUGCUGGAG